GCCAUUAAUGAAGAAGAAGAAGAAGGAGAAACGUCACUCAGAGCUCAGCUGGCGGGAAAUACCAGUGCGACGAAGAUUCGUCCGUCAUCUGGGUCUGAAUCACGGACUUUAUGUUAACAUUAAACCUUUAUGAUAGAUAAAUUAAGCUUUUAAUAUACAUAUGUCAACGUGUGAAUAAGGCCCUUGCAGUCGGACAAGACAAUGGUUCAAAUAAUCAUACGGUAAGAUUAAAGUGAGUUUGUUUUCUACUGCCUGCAGGUUUUGUUUUGUUGUGGUUAAUGGUUCGUCUAUUACCUUCAUGGAUUUGCAAUGAAUCAAUGAAAUGACACAGACAUCAUCUAAAUCAAUACAGUGCAAUAUUGAAACACCAGUCAAUGACAGUUUUGGAUUUGAUAUUCUGUUAAGGGGGGAUAAUAGGCUAAAAAUGUGUUAUCAUAAGACCGAUGAGGGACCACGUCAAAAUUCCCAUAAUCGGCCAACCGAUUAAUCGUACUAUCCCUAGUACAUAUAGAGCUUAAGCAUAAUAUGCUGUGUUUUAACACGGGAACAAUACGGGAAUCCAAAGUAAAAACAGUACUGUACUGUGCCUCUGGGUGGAAAUAUACCUUCCAUAUUAAAUAUACAUGUGCCCACUGCCCACGUUGACAUGAUCGUUAUUGUUUACUCGAUGUCCUAUUUUAUAGUGGUAGGCACUUAAGAAAAAGUUUCACAUUUUAAUGUUGAGUGACCUCCCUUUCAACAGUCCUCUGACAUUAUGCUUUAGACCAAGUCUGUAAACUCGUUCUCGGGUAUCUUGGUAUAUGAUAAUUUGUGUGUCUGUGCUCCUGUAGAGGCAGUGUGGAUGGCAGCAGUCCUCCAGAAUGGCUGCUGAUUGAACUUCAGGGAGAGAUGGUUUCCAGACACAACUCAAGUCUGGCUGGAAAUGUGAUGGGUGACCUGCUCUACACUAAAGAGGUAUGUAAUGGGCAUUUGCAGCUACAGAUGUGGAAAUACAUCAGAGUUCAGAUUAAACUAAAACCCUCCUUUUCACCUGUAAGGCAUUUUAUACCUAUAUGUAAAAUAAGUACAAAUAGAGAUAGAAAUGUUUUAAAAAAGGCCCAGGGUUAGCAUAAACAUUACCGUAAAGUGUUGGUGAAAAUCCAGCGGUCCACCUUCCUUUGUGCAGCAACAGGAAAGGUCCCCAUGAUCCAAGUCUAGUAAUAGAUUUUAGAACUUUCCUCUUCAGCAGGUAAACAGCCUCAGUGUAUGCUCCUGGUGAUGAGACUUUCAGCUGUUUUUAGUGACCCAGGUCAUUCAGCUCAGCAAGAACCAGCUCUUUUGGCUCCAAAACAGCUAUUAAGAGUGCAUUUUUGCCCUCAUGAGCCUGCCAUCACAGCCAAGCUAUUCACAACUUGCACAUGCUUCUUACCCCAGUGAAGUUAGCUUCUUUUCCCGAUUUAAUUUUUUACAGUGUUGGAUGAAGGAUUGCACAGAUGAGCAGAUUACAUGUCGCUUUUUCACAAGCUCACUAUGUAGUUUUUUUUGUAAUAUAUUGGCAUUUUAUACAAGUAAACCCACAAAAGACAAAUGCAAUUCAUCAGUUUGGGUUCAUGUCAUUAAAAACUUGAGCUUCAAGUUUGUUUUUUUUUUUUUCUGAAUUAUGUAUGGGUCCAUUUUUUUGUGUAUAAAUGAGGAAACCAUGUGCCUCAGCUGUUCUUCCUUCUCCUUCCACUAGGGGGUGCCAGUGCUCAUUGUUGGACAUCAUAUUCUGUAUGGGAAGCAGGUCAAACUGGAGAAACCAUUUGCUGUCCUCACCAAGCACCCCGGGCAUUUACAGGACAGUCUGGGUGGCCAUGACAACAGUGAUGUCACACAAACUCCCAUGGAAACAGACCAGCAAGCACCCACCACCACCUCAUACUCUGUGACUGCUCUUAUUAAAAGGAAGCUGAUCUUCAAGACUCGCCCAAAACCGAUCAUUACAAACGUUCCCAAGAAGGUCUAGUUAGGCUGUUGGACUUUUUAAUUGAUAUAUGAUUUGCAGUUGACCAGGGACAAACCCUGUAUUGAUCAUACUAUCAGUGUGUCACCUGAGCAGAUUCUAAAGCUGAAAUUCAUGACUUAUUAAAUGCAGUUUUAUAGGAUACACCUCUCUGAUAAGAAUCAUUUCCCGAUUGGAGUCCUGAGGGAUUGUCUCUGCAGCUUUUGGAUAAAAACAAAACAAAUGGAUGUGACAACAGAAGUUUUUAUCUUCAUCUUUCAAAACCAGACCUCUGGAUCUCAGUGUUAAGUCUAGAGGAACUUGUGAGAGACAUGCACGGUGGGGAAAAUGAGUUGGUGUUUUGCGUUUCUUUCAAUACAUCAUAAAUACAUCAUUAGAGGCAGAAUCUAAAUCUCUAAAAUACUCUCAGCCCUGUCUGUAGAAACUGCAGCAGAGCAUUCAAACAGCAAACAGCUGUAUACAAUCGGUUAUGUUGAGUUAAUGUCAUGCUGUUAUAAGAGAAGAUCAUUUGUUGAAUAAAGCAGCUUACAGAAUACAGCUGACAAAAUGAUGAUUUUUAUUCGUUUGACAUCAAGUGCCUGAUUCAGAAAAACACAAACUAGUCAGGCGUUGGAUUUUCUAGCUGUACAUUAAUUGAAUGUACACUCAGCCAGUGAGACGGUGAUUAGGGAUUUAGACCAAGAGGACUGCGGCGUGAACCCCAUCGUGAAAGAUGAUUGGACCAACGCUUGCUAAGAGCUGACUCUUGGUCUCAUGAUAAUCUUAAUGCAUAUUCAUCAGGGUUCAUCAGGAUUCACGCCGACUGAAUGCCAAUGAGUGCAUUUACAUGUUCCCUAGUAUCCACAGGCUGAGCUUUACACCAGAUUUCAUCUAAUUCUGGAUAUGAAUUACAUGUGGUGAUGAGGAACCUGCAUUUCCCUUUAUCUACAACCACAACAGGUUUUAUAAUCAGUCUGAGCAGUUGUGCUUUUUGAAGAUUUUUACGAUGUUUUUAUACACAACAUACAAACCUCAUCUUAUUCAUUGGUGUGAAUGUGUAUAUCCUCUAUGUUUGGAUAUAAAAAUGAAGAAUAUAUGAGUUGACACAGAAUCAGACUCAAAGCCAGGAUGAGAUAAUGCAGAGAUAAAAGCAGCACCCAUCAGGCAACUAACAUUUGGAGUAUGAAAAGCAAAUCUUUGUAGAUCCAGGUUUCUUGCCCUUCCUUGUGGGGGUGCGGGUUUUCCAUUACCCAUCUUUUCUCAUUGUCCUACUUGUGUCUGCUUGAAAAUUUUAAAUUAGUUUUGAUCUGCCUGUUAUAUCACUGCACAAAAAGAAAAAGUAAAUUGUAUGAUCAGCUGAAAAAAAACAUUUUAAGGGGCAUUCACAUUGUGUUACCCCUCUAAAAUCUACCUUUCAAACAUGUUUCCAGGAUAUUUACAGCCUGUAAGUCUGUAGGAUGAGGGUGGGUCUCAUGCUGAGGUGUAAAGAAGUAAAAAGCCGCCCUGUUUUCUGCAAGGUUGAUGAAGGGGGCGAUUCAUUUAGCCGCUGUACCGCUCCUGUCCCCUGUGCUCAGCAGACACCUCCCACAAACAAACACACACACACGUGCAGGCAUGCUGGCAACACGGGUGAAAGUGGUUACUAUAUCCAUGUUGUUAAAGUCAAAUCUCAGCGUACUUUUAUAACUGGUUUUGAUUGAUCAAGUCCUUUUUUUCAAACCAUCCAAGUACCUCUAAAACUGUGUUUGAGUUAAAUGGUUAAAACAAGGGUAGAGCCAAUUUAGAUAUGACUGCCCCUAGAGUAUGACCAUGUGAUAUGAAUCCAUAAAGAAUAAUGGAGGAAUAUGGGAAUUAGAAUAAGAAACAGAGGAAAACAAAUACUGUCCUCAUAAUUAAGAUUCAGAUCAAAUGAAAUCAUGUAAAUAAAUCGACUAAAGUAGAAAUUGUAGAAAAAGCAAGCUUGUAACAUUUUUUUUCAGACACAGCUCAGUGUCUGUACACGGCUGAAUAGAUUAGAUCAUGGAUUAAGGUGAAUACAACUGAAUAAAAUCACAUAAAGACAUAAAAAGCUUAGAAAUUUUCCAUUUUUGGACAUGUGUUCUGGAAAAAAAUGCUUUUGCACUAUUAUGAAUAACAAAUAAAGCUGUUCUCCAUGCAUACUUACUUUUCUUAAGUAUUUUUUUUUCUUUUAAAUUCUCCUUGUUGCAGUAGUUGCGGGUUUAUGUGUUGGAGAGAGAUUUAAAUGAGAGAGAUGAAAAGAAUCAUCAUAAGACUAAACUCAAAAUCUGACCCUGGUAGUUGCAAAAACACUCAAUUUGAGGAGUUAUUUGCAUACACAUUUAAAAAAGUUCAAGCAUCCCGGUCAUGUAGG